CAAAAUCCCUUUUAACGAUUUAAUCCAAAAAAAAAAAAAAAAGCCAGAGCAAGAUAAAACCGUUGUAGUAGCUCACACAAAAGCUCCAGCUACUCACAGCUAUGGCUUCCUUAACCCUACCUUUCAGUCUUUCAACGAGGACGGAGCUCAGGUUGGGAAAUUUUUCAAUGCCUUCUAAUUGCUCAUUCAGGACACCGGUUGUAUCCCUAAUGAAAAAGGAUAUUGGAGGUCGACGAGUUUGGAGGCGAAGAAAAUUGACAAAAAAAGAUGAGAAGUUGCAGUACAAUCUGGAAAGAGUACCUUUCCUAGAGGAGCAGGUUAGGAAGAUACAGGAAGGAGGAAAGCUCCUGACAAUGGAUAUCGAAAGACUACUUCUAUCUGAAGAUAACCGGUUUAAUUUCGUGAACGAGAUAGCAGCCGAAGCCACCGAGUAUGUUGUGAACGAUAGAGAUUCGUAUGGGGGUCACAGGAAAGCUAUCCUUCAUGUGAUAAGUAACCGUGUGAAUGAUGCUGGUUUUUCCAGACCAGAGGCCUAUGCAGAAUCAGACCCAUAUAAGCCAGGACCCUCUUAUUUGAAAGAAGAAUUUACCUAAACAGAGUUUGAUCUUGUGAUGUAAAAUCUUUGAGUGUUGAGAAUUUUCGGCAUUUUUCAUAUGUUAAACUUGUUAGGAUUGUUUUGCUGAGAUGCAAGACAGGAUUUUUAGUGAAAAUCAUAAUGUAAGGUUGUGGUUGAUUUGAUCUCACAAUAGAACUUGGCCAAAUACGAAACAAGUGAAUAUUUAGGCCUCGUUUGGUCUGUUUGAUAAAGUAAAGCUAGUGUUUGGAUGACUUUUCUCAAUGUAUUCUGUAAUUUCAUUACCAAAAUACAUGAAAAAAAUGUAUACAAUCAAUUUUAAUUCUUCUA